AUGAAGAGUUGUUUACUGUUGCGAGAUCGAAUCAAGAGCGCCGCGUGUGCGUCCUCUUCUCGCAGCGUCGCAUCGCGUAAAAGUCUUUGUUUUUGCUUUCGAUCAGGAGGGUAUUCCUCCUUCUUUUCCUCGGCCGAGUCCUCCUUCGUGGAUGCCGACACCUCCGAGUUGAAGAAGAAAAAAGUGUUCGAGAAACCUCCGCUCCCUCCGUCCCUUCUGCGCUGCAAACACAUCAUCGCCGUGGCCUCGGGGAAAGGCGGGGUCGGGAAAUCGACGACCGCGGUAAAUCUCGCCAUCGCCUCCGCGAAGUGUGGGUUAAAAGUCGCCCUGUUAGACGCGGAUAUUUUCGGGCCGUCGAUUCCGUUGUUGAUGAAUUUGCGCGAUUUGCAACCGAAAGUGGUGACGGAACGAGACGGAUCGAAACGGAUGCUCCCGUUGGAAAAUUUCAACGUCAAGUGCCAAUCGAUGGGAUUUUUACUCCCACGCGACCAGGCGGCGGUGUGGAGAGGUCCCAUGGUCAUGGGGGCACUGAGUAAGCUGAUUCAAGAGACAAAGUGGGGGAGCGACUUGGACGUGUUGUUCGUAGACAUGCCGCCGGGGACGGGAGACGCGCACAUCACGGUGGCGCAGAAAGUACCGAUAUCCGGGGUUAUCGUCGUGUCCACUCCGAACGAGUUGAGUUUAAUCGACGCGAGACGAGCGGUGGAUAUGUACGCGAAAGUAGACGCGAAAAUCUUAGGCGUGGUGGAGAAUAUGAGUUAUUUUAGCGCGGACGGCGGGAAAACGAAACAUUUUCCCUUCGGCGAACGCGGCGGAAGCGAGUUCGCGAAACAGUUAGGCGUGGACGUUUUAGCCGAGGUGCCGAUUUUGGAAGGCGUCAGUCGAGGCGGUGAUAUCGGGAGGCCAGUGGCGGCGAGUUUAACCAUGACGACGACGACGGAAGAUGACGAAGAACAACAACAACGGGAGAAUGUGACAUUAGAAGGAGAGAUUUAUAGAACGAUAGCGAAGAAAAUUUUCAAUUUGAAGUGA